UGAAAGUUUGGCUCCGAAUGAGCGUUUAGUUGAAGAAACACACUGCCGUGGUCUGCCGAUCGCUAAACACAAAGAACACAGAGAGAUUGAUUUCGAGUUGGAUAUCAGCCGCACAUAUCCUCAUCCCCAUCUCCAACAGUCUUUGGUGAAUCAACUUCGGAAGAGUCUCCAACCGCAUCCAAAGAUCCAGGAACGACAUGGAUGUGCCCUUCAAUCUGUCCCUGUCUAAUCUCUCCCUUCCUCUUUCCCCAACGUCUCCACCUCUGGAUCUUCACCAUCCCCUCCCGACCAUCAUCAUCAUCGUGUGUCUGUUUGCUCUGUUCGGUGGCAUGGUGAUCUUUCUGGCGGUGGGCUGCCCGUCGGGAGGGUCCUGGGGAGUUAAUGGAGACAGUCUCUCCUGCGGACAGAAUCUGUCCAGCGAGCCCCAGCUGAAGCUCUGGAAACGUUUGGGCUCGAUGAGGCAGUCGUUUUCCUCAGCGCCGACCUUCAGAAGACCCGUACAGCCAUACAUAGCCCAGAGCAGGAAGCUAUCAGGGUCAACGUCACCCGCAGAGUCAAAGACAAACGACUCCCACACAUAUAUUUCUAUACCGGCUCUUCUGCAGUAUUCCACUGAGAUAUAAGCUCUGUUGCAUCACCUAGUGAGCUGUCUUGCUAUCUAGUACUUACAUAGGCAGCAGCCUUCUAAGUGACAGAUUUAAAGUGGAUUUCAUAGGCAACAGCUAUGUGCACCGGAAACUUGACUCAAAAUUGAUUUUCAAGGAGUUGUAAGCUUGUUACUAAGCUAGUGACUGUUGCUAAUGCGGACAAAAAUACAUAAAUAUGAAAUAAAAACAAUUGCAUUUAAUUUAAAUUCCAUGGUCUGAAUAAAAUGUAGAAUUUAGAAUUGGACUGACUAUUUUUACUGAUCUUAACGCAUUGCAUACUGGGAUUACGGUACCUUUUCCAUGUCAUGCUGCAGUGGUUGUUAUAUACAAAAAAAAUAAAAGCAUUUCAAACUAAUUGGAAAUUAAUAAAUAAAAACUAAACACUAA